AGUCCAAAGAGCAGCAGAGUUACCAUCCUUGUCUGGCUCUGGUCGCUCUUCUCUGAAUUUUGAAAGUCAAAUGAAGUGUUUGAACAAUAGAGCCUUGCUGCAUUUACUUCCUGCUGCUCGUACAGGUCUUUUUUUUUUGUCAAAGCGUGACGCUACACUAAAAAAAAAAAGAAAAGGGAAACCAGACUUUUUCUCAGAAAGUUCCUAUGAACUGAACUAAGGCUUAUUGGAGGCUGGCGUUUCAUCCUCGAGCAGACACGCUGGAAAACAUUUCCCUUAUUAUGCCAGAAAAAUGAAGCUAUUGAAAGCAGUUUUCCUCCUCCAGCUGAGCUAUCUUUGUCAAGGUGACCCGUACGUUGCUCAAAUUGGUGCCAAAUGCAACUGGACUCUGAGGAUGGAUGAAAACAGGAGCUUGGAAACAGUGGGGCUGGACUCAGACUUUGCAGAUACCCUGGUCAGACAGAUUUGCCAGGAUCUGGGGUGUGGUGAUGUGUACUAUGUGAACAAAAGCAGCGUACUGCACAACAUCACCUGCCUUCAACAAUGCGAUUACAAAGACCUGCAGCUCCAGAACUGCUCAGAAAUGGCUGAAAGCAGUUGUUCUGUGAUCAACAAAGUGGUUUGCGGUCACCAGCUUUUGCGUCUGGCCGGAGGCCCUGACCGCUGUGCCGGACGGGUGGAGGUGUGGCGAGACGGGACGUGGGGCACGGUGUGUGAUGACCAGUGGGACCUGAGGGAUGCAGACGUGGUGUGUGCCCAGCACGGCUGCGGCUACGCGCUCAGCGUGACGGGUCAGGGGGGGCAGUUUGCCCCUGGCAGAGGACCCGUCCACCUGGACGAGCUGAACUGCACUGGCAGAGAGGAGAACCUGUGGGAUUGUCCAGCUGUGAAAGACGAGAACGACUGUGGUCACAAGGAAGAUGCUGGUGUCAUUUGCUCAGAGAUGAGAGCCAUCAGACUAACGGGGGGUCUGGACCGCUGCUCUGGUAAGGUGGAGAUCCACCGUAAUGGCAGCUGGGGGACGCUGUGUGACAACUGCUGGACUGAGAAGGUGGCCACCAUGGUAUGCUCCAUGCUGCAGUGCGGUGGCGGCGCAAAACCAGAGAAAUAUUCACGGUUUGCCCCUUUUACCCACAACAAUGGCACACCGAAGUACUUCUAUGUGUGCCCAACAAUGGCCACAAGUCUGUGGCAGUGCAAGGAACUCUACAACAAUCGUUUUGUGUGUGUGGGCUCACAUACUUCAGGUGUCAUCUGUAGCGGUUCCCUCGGCCUUCCUUCACCCAACACUUCCUCUGAUAUGGAGAUGACCAGCUGGACAACAGCAGGAACAACUGUUGCCUCCCCGGAGGGAUCCUACGCAGUCUCGUUUGUAGAGAUUCUCAGCAUCCUCUCUCUGUUUGUUCUGCUCUUCGUGUUUCUCAUCGUGAACACAAUCCUCUGCUGCCUUUACAAAAGAAGACAUGUUUUACUUCUGAAGGAGAUCCGCUCCAACCCUCGCUCCCCCACCGAACAUCCUCAGAACAGGCACAAAGAGGCCGUGAACCUCAUUAAAGUCACAACCAACCAACAGCAUACGGAUGCCCCCUCCAGUCCCAGGUACAUUUGGACCCAGCUUAGUAGUGUAAACAGCACUUCAGUAGAAACAGACUAUGAGCAGUAUGACCCAGGCUUUGACCCAUCUGUCAGUUUAUCGACUUUCCGCAAUUCUCAGUGCUACAGAGGGGCAUUGAGGUCUUCAAGCUUUGACAGGUCGCAAGAACAAAGUUACAAACCUUCAGACCCAACUCCGCACAAUGGAAACCCAACAGCUUCUCAAUACGCCCGAAUGUCAAAAAUGUCCGAGGAUUCAUUUGAUUGCUCCAGCACUUCUUCUGGAGAAUGUUAUGAAAACAUAGGCAAUCCUAACCCUGUUGCCGGAAGUGAACCGAUAUACUCCAAUCCCCCUCUUCCUCCCAAACAAGCCCAUCUCCCUCAGAACUCAGAUGAUGACGACUACUCCCCUGUGAGCCCGGACUAAAACCUGAAAAUUAUGACUCUCAACACUCCUCAGACUGAGGAGGCAUCUUCUCCUCCUAGAAACUGAGAAGAUCAAACUCCUGAAAACUUGGAACCAGACCGGAUUUUAAGGUUUGCAGCAACGAGAAGCUGCAAGAUUGAAAAGAAAUUAUGCUGUGAGGCCCAAACUCUGAAAAAGUCUUAUUUGCUAUUUUUGACUGAUAUGUUAUUGUUAUAUGUGUGUAAAUCUGACUGGACUUUGCAGGGUUUACAUUUCUUCUCUUCAGUUAAAGAGAGGAUUAGUGGAGUUAAUUAGUUAAUCUUUGAACGUGGAUCAUGCACUGUUUGUGUUUUUUAUUGUUGCUUUCAUGUGUAUUCUUGAAAUCCUUCAUGAUCUGAGAGAUCUGAUGUAUUUAUAUCAAUUAGGAGACAGUUUGUAAAGUACAUUUUAUUUAAACUUUUGUCAAUUCCGUUUCAGCUUCUCUGCUGCUCAAUGUGCACCUCUUUAAAAAAUGUAAAUGUUGUUAUUAGUUGACUGACAGAAUGGUUGGUGCCUUUUUUUUACAUUUUAUUAUUAUUUUUUUUUUUAGCAAAUAUUGGUGAAAUUAAAAAAAUAUGAUUGUUUAAACGGAUUUGAAAACAGGCAGAAAAGAGUCAAUAUUUUUUAAACAUAACAUAUUAGAAUAUUUAUUUUUAAAAUAACUGGUCCACAUGUGUUGUAGAAACAUAUACAGCUUACUCUGUUUCUGAUAAAAUUACUUAAUUUUUUUUCCAUUAUUAAUUACCAAAAAAAUAGAAGAAAUAGGACAUUCUACAUCUUGUAACUACAUCCAAUUGUGAGUAUUAUAUUGUGCUAAUUAAAAAAACUGAAUGUAAUGUAUUUUUUUUAAUAACCAGCCUAUUUAUUUUGCAUAUUGGUGCAUGUAAACAUAGACAGCACCGAACUUUGUGAGGAAUUGAAAAUAUUUAGAGAUAAUCGAUGUGCUGUGUAAAAAUGUCAACAUUAUAUACCGUGAUGCCAGAUUUCAGACUAUACACUUUGAGUUCAUCUACUAUCAUUUGUUGUAUUUGCUUCAUUUAAAACUAUUUGUGAUAUAUAGGCUAUAUAUGUAUAGCCUAAACUUGAACAAACAUUUGAGUAUUAACAUGUAUUCUAAUAAUGUAUUUUUAUACCACAUCUUUUCUUGUGAAUUUAUAGAAAGUCAAACUAUUGAAUUUAGAGAAAAACUGUAAAUUCAAAUUUUUAAUAAAAACAUGUGAACUCUUAAAACAUUGUUGGGGUUUGUUGUUUUCUGUGUGUUAAGGUAAGACGUCUGUCAGAGUUAGUGGCUGAUGGAGGACAAAAUUCUGGCAAAACUGAAAUGAACUCAAAAACCUAAUUAUAGGGUCAAAAAUUGAACAGAAACCCAGUUUCAGAUAUACACCUGAAGUGGUUUCUCAAAGAUAAUCCCACACCUAAAUUUGAUUUCCUGUGAGGAGUCGAUUAGCCUGUUCAAAUCAAGCAGCCCAUUGAUAUAUAUUAUAGUGAUAUAUAUCAAUGACCACUUUACAAAGCAAACUGAAAGGUAAGAAAUAUUGCAGUUCCUGAAAUGAAUACUAAGAGUUUCAAAACUAAAGAAUUCAUCAUUUACUUUCAUUAAAUAAAUGAAUAAAUAUUAUUUGACAUCAAAUGUAAAUAUUAUUAGGCAAGUGUUUCUUUGAUUGACAGGUAAAUUGACCUAAAGGUGGACUCAACGUGUCUUAAUUUACUUUCUGGCCCGUUUGCCGAUUUUUGGAAGGGUUCCGGUGGGCGGGGCAAAUAUCCGUCCACAUGGCUGACCCUCCUCAUGGUUAAUUUUUGCAGAAUAGAGUCCAACAAUUGACACCAGAGAUUAAGGAUGAUCGGUCCAAACUUGGACUCUUUGAGGGUCUCAAACAUUUUUUUUUGUUUUGUUUUUUUGAAAAGGGGUGGGGGUGCCUCCUGAUAGACACAGACGGCCUUGUGACAAUUCAUUCAAGUCAUUUGAGCCUAUUCUCGAUUGAUCAAAACCUAGUAGGAGCCUCAAAAUGUUAUUUUAGUCUAUAAUAAAUUUUGAUUAAUUGCCUUCUUUUGUUAAUAAUAAAUAUAAAUUAUGUUUAUUUUUUGGCGUGAAUAAAAGCAAAAAAAGAAACAAAAAACA